AUGCACAUCUACAACCUCACCCUUCAGCGGGCGACCGCCAUCACCCACGCCAUCUUUGGCAAUUUUUCGGCGCCCAAGGCUCAAGAAAUCGUGGUGGCUAGGGGCAAGGUGCUUGAGCUCCUGCGACCUAACGACUUCAAUGGAAAGGUGCAAACUGUGCUCUCGGUCGAGGUGUUCGGCACCAUCCGCUCGAUCGUGCCCUUCCGACUGACUGGCGACACGAGGGAUUACAUCAUCGUGGGGUCGGAUUCGGGACGGAUCGUGAUUUUGCAGUACAACAACGAGAGGAACACCUUCGACAAGAUCCAUCAGGAGACGUUCGGCAAAUCAGGCUGCCGACGCAUCGUGCCCGGCCAAUACCUUGCCGUGGACCCCAAGGGACGAGCGGUUAUGAUUGGCGCCGUGGAGAAGCAAAAGCUGGUGUAUAUCCUCAACCGCGACUCUGCAGCAAGGCUCACUAUCUCCUCGCCGCUUGAGGCGCACAAGUCACACACCAUCAACAUUCACAUGGUGGGUGUUGACGUGGGCUUCGAGAACCCCAUCUUUGCCACUCUCGAGGUCGACUAUGCCGACGUUGAUCACGAUCCCACAGGCAAGGAGUUCGAGGCUCUGCACAAGAACCUCACCUUCUACGAGCUUGACCUCGGUCUCAACCACGUGGUGAGGAAAUGGAGCGAACCCGUGGACAUCACUGCCAACAUGCUCGUCGCCGUGCCUGGCGGUUCCGACGGCCCCGGAGGCGUGCUCGUGAUGGGCGAGAACUUUGUGGUCUGGAAGAACCAGGGCCAUCAGGAAGUGCGUGCUGCCCUGCCCCGCCGAAAGAUUCUGGGCGAGGAGCGAUCAGUGCUGAUCGUGUCCGCCACAGCGCACAAGCAAAAGGACCUGUUCUUUAUCCUGCUCCAAAGCGAGUACGGCGAUAUCUACAAGGCGACACUGGCCUGGGAAGAGGACAACGUCAGCGCCAUCAAGAUCAACUACUUUGACACUGUGCCGACGUCGAACGCCAUGUGCAUCCUCAAGACCGGUUUCCUCUUUGUGGCCGCCGAGUUUGGCAACCAUUUCUUGUUCCAGUUCCAGUCGAUCGGUGAUGAGGAAGAAGAGUCCACAAUGGACCAAGACGAAGACGAGAUCCCCACCUUCGACCCCCAGCCGCUCAAGAAUUUGAUUGCCAUCGAUGAGAUCGAGAGCCUUGCGCCCAUCAUGGACUUCAAGGUUGCCGACAUGGUGAAAGAAGAGACCAAGCAAUUCCUCACACUCUGCGGCCGUGGUCCUCGAUCGUCGCUCCGACUCUUGAAGCACGGUCUUGCGGUAGCCGAGAUGGCCGACUCGCCGCUUCCCGGCAAUCCCAACAACAUCUUCACCGUCAGGAAGAACGUGGCUGACGAGUACGACAGCUACAUCAUCGUCUCCUUCCUGAAUGCCACCCUCGUGCUUUCCAUCGGCGACAACGUUGAAGAGGUCAAAGAUGCCGGCUUCAACGAGAACGCGUCGACGCUGAACGUGGGGCUCGUGGGCGAUGAUUCGCUGGUGCAGGUGUUCCCGACCGGCAUCCGCUUCAUCAGGAGCGACAAGCGCAUCACCGAGUGGCCCACGCCGGCCCGGAGGACGAUCGUCCGUUCGGCCAUCAACAACAAGCAGGUCGUCAUCGCCCUCACCGGCGGCGAGCUCCUCUAUUUCGAGCUGGACAUCACGGGGUCGCUGGUUGAAGUGGGCCGCAAGGACAUGGGCCGGGACAUUGCCUGCAUCGACAUCGCUCCCAUCCCCGAAGGUCGCCUGCGUGCUCGCUUCCUGGCUGUGGGCGACUACGAGAACACGGUGAGGGUUCUGUCGCUGGACCCCGAGGACGUGUUCUCCUCGCUGGCCGUGCAGGCGCUUCCCGCGCCGCCCGAGUCCCUCUGCAUCGUGAAGAUGAAGGGCGGCACCGACUCCAGUGCCGGCACCCUCUUCCUCAACAUCGGUCUCACCAACGGUGUACUUCAGCGAACCGUGCUGGACAAGGUCACCGGCGAGCUUUCCGACACGCGGACCAGGUUCCUUGGUUCGCGCCCGGUGAGGCUGCUGAAGCUGCGAGUCGGCGACCAGCCGGCCAUGCUGGCGCUCACGAGCAGGGCGUGGUUGUGCUACAACUACCAGCUGCACCUUCACCUCACCCCGCUCUCCUACCCCGCGUUGGACUACGCCUCCAACUUCUGCUCCGAGCGUUGCCCCGAGGGCAUGGUUGCCACCAUCGGAAACGCCCUGAGGAUCAUCUCGCCUGAGAGGCUGGGUGAGGUCUUCCACCAAGAGCUCAUCCCGCUGCGCUACACGCCCCGCAAGAUGCUGGUGUACCCGACGACCGGCAACCUCAUCACCAUUGAGACGGACCACAACACCUACCCGGCGCUCAUCCAGGGCGGCUUGAGGCAGAGGCUGCUGGAGGCCCAGCAGGAGCCCAGCGCUGCCGCUGCCGACGGUGACUCGGGUGCGGUGAAGAAGGAGAAGGAGGAGGAAAUGGAGACCGAGGACGGAGAAAAGACAAAGGAGGCCAAGAUGGGGAAGCUCGAGGAGCUGCAGCGAGAGCAGGCAGAGCGAGAGGAGUCGGCGAGAGUGUUUGGCACGGAAAAGCCAGGCGUGGGCAAGUGGGCAAGCUGCGUCCGUUUGCUGGACGUGAACACCAAGCAGACGAUCGACGUCGUCGAGCUCGACAACAACGAGGCUGCUUUCAGCGCCUGCACUUGCGUCUUCCACGACAGGGGCGGCGAGAUCUUCCUGGUUGUGGGCACGGCCAAGGGCCUCGUGCUCAACCCGCGAAGCUGCGAUGCAGGUUAUAUUCACGUCUAUCGCUUGCUCGAUGGCGGCAAGAGGUUCUCGCUGGUCCACAAGACGCAGGUUGAGGGCGUUCCCACGGCCGUCUGCGGUUUCCAGGGCCGUUUGCUCGUGGGCAUCGGCAAGAUGCUGCGCAUCUACGAUCUCGGUAAGCGCAAGCUCCUGAGGAAGUGCGAGAACAAGGGCUUCCCCCACUGCAUCCAGAGCAUCACCACCCAGGGCGAGCGGAUCAUUGUGGGUGACCUUGCCGAGUCGUUCCACUUUGUGAAAUACCGAAAGGCGGAGAACCAGCUCAACGUCUACGCUGACGAUUCCAACCCGCGCUGGUUGACCGCCAGCCAAAUGCUUGACUACGACACCAUGGCGGGCGCAGACAAGUUUGGCAACGUCUUCAUCGUGCGAUUGCCCAGCGAGGUCAACGAGGAAUUGGAGGACAACCCGAUGGGCAACUUCCUCAUGAGCAAGCAGUCGCUGAACGGUGCCGCCUUCAAGCUCCAGACGCUGAUCAAUUUCCAUGUGGGCGACACGAUCAACUCGAUGACCAAGGCCUCGCUCUUCACCGGCGGUGCCGAUGUGCUCGUCUACACCACGCUCAUGGGUGGCAUGGGAGCGCUUCUGCCCUUCGUCUCCAGGGAGGAUGUGGACUUCUUCUCGCAUUUGGAGAUGCACAUGCGCAGCGAGCUGCCUCCUCUGUGCGGACGGGACCACCUGGCCUACCGCUCGUACUACUUCCCCGUGAAGGACGUCAUUGACGGCGAUCUGUGCGAGCAGUUCUCGCUGCUCCCGCCCGAGAAGCAGAGGACCAUCGCUGAGGAGCUCGACAGGACGCCCGGCGAGGUGCUCAAGAAGCUCGAAGUCAUCCGCAACAGCAUCCUCUAA